CUUAAAAUAGCAAACUUUUUGAAGUAAACGAAAAAAAUAGUAAAAGAAGAAAAUGCUUCUAUUUACUCGGAAAAGAAAAACGACCAAGUGACCUUGAUGCAAACGUCAAGGAUUCAAAAGGAACCCGCCUGAUCCUCUCUAACAUUUUCCUACAAUUUCUCUUCCUCUCACAAACAAUUUCACGUCCAUCCACACAAACCCUUCUCCUUUCAUCAUCGUUUUCCGAUCACACUCUCCCGGAGACUUACCCUUAAUUCCUUUACUCUCGAUUCCACUUGAUUUCAUUUUGUAGAAGAAGAAGAAGAAGAACAACAACAACAAGAUGCCUCCACAACCUGGAAAUCUAAUCUAUAGCCUUGUAGCUAGAGGCACCGUGAUCCUUGCUGAGUACACCGAGUUCACCGGAAAUUUUCAAAGCGUCGCUGCCCAAUGUCUUCAGAAACUCCCCUCCACCAACAAUAGAUUUACGUAUAAUUGCGAUGGCCACACCUUCAAUUACCUCGUCGACCAAGGAUACACAUACUGUGUUGUUGCGGUUGAAUCAGCUGGAAGGGAACUUCCCAUUGCUUUCUUGGAGCGGAUUAAGGAUGAUUUUUAUAAAAGAUAUGGGACAGGAAAAGGCAAAACUGCUAAUGCCAAGGGCCUUAAUAGAGAGUUUGGAUCCAAAAUGAAGGAGCAUAUGCGUUACUGUAUCUCUCAUCCUGAAGAGAUCAGCAAGGUUGCUAAGGUCAAGGCUCAAGUUUCUGAAGUCAAGGGAGUGAUGAUGGAGAAUAUUGAGAAGGUUCUUGAUCGUGGUGAAAAGAUUGAACUACUAGUUGAUAAAACCGACAAUCUUCGCAAUCAGGCACAAGAUUUUAAGAAACAAGGAACAAAGAUGAAGAGAAAGAUGUGGUUUCAGAAUAUGAAAGUGAAACUUAUAGUUUUUGGAAUCAUCAUUGCUUUGAUUUUAAUCAUUGUUCUCUCAAUCUGCCCUGGGUUCAAAUGCUUUAAUUAGGAAAGUUUUUUGAUAAUUAGAAAAUUGUUUUAGUAAAGUUUUCAUAAAUCGGUGCAUUUUGUCAUCGUCACUGAUCGGAUACAUUUUUAAAAUUUUUUUUACCACGAUUUAAAUAAGAUUAUGUUCACCACCAAUGAGAAUAUUAUUGAUUAGUUUUAGUGACAAAUUUUGUUGGGUAUUAUUGGAUUUUGUAAGUGAUUUUGUGAGGUUGUAUAUGGUCAUAAUUAGAUACAAUUAUGUGUAAUAAAGCAUAUCAUAUAAUAAAGGAUUAUGUUCGGAUUG